UUGUUGUUCCUGUUUUGUUAGACUGUUAGAGAUGAAAUUUAUAAACUUACUGAUGUGAGCCUCUCGCUGUCUCAGUCCUGCAAUCAGAAUAUAAAAAAUGCGAAGAACACGGUCAAACAGUGUUGCUGAUAUUGCAAAGCGUUCACUGCGCAGUACACACAAUGAAGAAUUUUGCGAGAUUCCUACAGUAUUUCGGGUUCGGUCUCCAAGAGCAGCUCCUGAUUCAAAUUUCCCAGAGAAGUCGCCAACAAGACGAAGCUUACGAUUGCAAUCUGGAGAGGAGAAUGAGUUGAAGGAUGGCAUAAAAUAUCGUAAAAGAAGGUUUCAAACUUCACCUGAUGAUAACAAAGUUAUCACGAAUGGGAGUAGAAGAGCAAAAUCAGAUUUGAAGGAAGAAUAUGAAGCAAAACCUUUGAAAGUUUUGCGGAGUGAAGAUGCGGAUGCUACAAAUUCAUUGCCAAUUGAAAAUGGGAUGCAUAGACGAACUCGUCAAAAGCAUGAAACAUCAGAAAUUAAUGGUACAAACCAUUCCACUCCUAUGAAGAAAGUGGACAAGUCACCUACAACUCCUAAUUCAUAUUCAUGUUCCAAAUCAUCUGCAAGUGAACUGUCAUUAAGAAAUUUUCAACAUGACGAAUAUGCAAAUUUUUCACCACGAAGGACUAGAAAUUCACCGCGGUGUUUGAGAUCAUCUCUAUCAGAUCAUAGUUCCAAUUGUAUUACUCCUACGGAAUCGUCUACAGACUUUCUUUCGAAUCAUAAUUGCAAUAAUAAAAUGAAACAAAAAGCAUCGAGAGUUAAUAAAGACAAAGACAUGAAGGAGACGAAAGACUGUGAAUGCCAUUCCAAUCUAAAUAAAACUUUUCCUAUUGCAAAAGACGAAACUUGUCAACAUUGUGGUAAAUUACAGUCAUAUAGCCCAAGAAAAAAUGGCAUAAUAACAAACGGUUCAAUGAAUAAAAGUGAUUUCGAAAUUUCUCCUCGCAGUUUACGAAGUAGUACAAAUGCUGUAACAGCUUCUUCAGUAUCGUCUAUCAAAUGUGCUGGAUCCCCAAUGGCAGCAGAAGAGGCUUCUGAGAAGGAAAACUCGAAGUCUUUUGAAAAUAAUUCCAUCUCAAGUCAUUUACGAGGAAAUAGAAGAAAAGUUGAAAACGAUGUUCAAAAUAUCACAGACGACAAUAUACUUGAUGCUUCUAAAAACUCUGAUGAGUCAACUUCAGAUAAAGAAGACCCAGAAUCUUCUGUUCAAGAUUCCGUCCAAAUUUCAUCAUCACCCGCAGAUAAAACCACUGAAGCGGAAAACAAAACAACAAAUCCAAAUACGGAAAUUGCGGACAAAACAACGAACAUCCCUGAGUUUAUAUUGCCAAAUCAUAUUACAGAAACAGAAACUGCGGAAGAUAAAGUGAUCACUGAUACACAAUCAGAUCACGGAAUCCGUGAUUUGAAACGUUCAGGAUCUCCUUCCGUUUUUGACGAAAUAGCUUGCAGCGAUUUUGAUUUUAUUAGUGACAAUGAGUCUGAUUAUAGCUCGUACAAUCGUAAAAAACGAAAAAUGAAUCUUAGAAGUUCAGGGGUGAGAUGUGACCCCAAUUUUUAUACCCUCAGUCUCGACCUAAUGAUCAAACGUCCUCACAGGAGAUCAAAUUUAUUAUCUGAUUGGGCGGAAACUGGGGUUAAGUCCGAAAAAGACAACAAACAAGAUGAAGAUCAACAGGAGAAAGAAGAACCAGAGCAACCAUCUCAAGAAUUAGAGACGGCAGUGAAUUCUCCAGAAACUUCUAAUCAGACUGAGAAUAAAUCAUCUACACCUACAGAAAAGGAAACUCAUAUGGAAAGAAGCAACAUUCAGUCACUGUUCACUGUAAAGCAGGACUCACCAUUAGAUUAUUUAAAAAUAAGUGCAGUCAGGGAAAACAAUCGAUCACGAUCAUCCUCUCCAUCAUGUUCUUCUUCAACCCCACGUCGGGGCCCGACAGCAACGGUGCUACAUAAGUUAUCCAGAGGUGGCAGACGUGGACCUCGAGGACUUUCAAACACAAAGCUUGAUAGGUCACCUUGCGUCAAAAUUGUAGCAAAAGAUCCCUCGGAGCCACCCCCUCUCUUCACCGAAGAACCUCCAUCUGGACCUGAUGUUUAUUUCUUUGAGUCUGAUCACGUUGCUCUCAAGCAUAACAGAGACUAUCAUAAUUUGCUUCGCACUGUGUCUAUUCUUGAAUCACAGAGGCAUCAAUGUCUCGCUGAUAUCAAAACACUAGAGAAUAGAAAAACCGAUGCUUUGGACGAACCUAUCGAAUUUGUUGAAAAAUUACAAAAAAAGGCCGAGCUGGACUUACCACGUCAACAAAAUGUUAUAGAUUUACCAGACAUUGAUUGGUCGAAAUAUUCUUCAGUUUAUGGAACCUUCGAUCAAGUUUUUCGCAAAGACAUUCUUGCAUCUCCGAAGAAAAUAGUUACUCGCAAAGUCAAAAUUAAUUUUGAAACUGGGGUCCCAAUGCAACCAGAGGAUUCUUCCAAAGUUGUCGUGAGGAGAGGUUCACAGGCCAAUCGUUCACAAACAUUCAAGGUUGCUUGGACCAUUGAAGAACAAAGAAAAUUAGAAGAAUUAUUGUUGAAAUAUCCUUCUGAGGAAAUUGAAUUCAAUAGAUAUAGAAAAAUUGCUGCAGAACUCGAAAAUCGAACACCAAUGCAAGUUCAAUCGAGAGUUCAAAAAUAUUUUAUCAAACUUGCGAAAGCAGGACUUCCCAUACCUGGCCAUAUGCCAAGAGUCGAAAAAAAUACAAAGUCGGGUUGGAGGAAUAAAAGAACACGAUCUCACCCACAUCAACAACUCACAAGGAUGUCAACAUUUUUUCCAAGAUUUCAUGUUCCUGUUCGAAUGAACGACAAACAACAGGAUAAUAAUAAUGAAGAUGAUGAAGGUUUCACAAUUGAUAAAGAUCAAGUAUCGGAUGAAGAAGAUGUUUCACAUGAGAUGAGAUUUUCUGAUGAAUAUAUAGAAAUCUUAAGGUUGAAGAGAAUUCGAAGAGAGAGAUUAAGAGUCUUUGAUAACAAUGGUCAGCAAGCACUCGCCCAACAUGUUGGAUAUGAGUGUGAUAUGUGCAACUCCGAUCCAAUCCAAGGUGUUCGAUAUCAUUGUAUUGAUUGUCCUCCAGAGGAAUGUGUUGAUUUAUGUCAAUCUUGCAUCAGGCUGCAGGGGCAAUUUGAGACGAUGGCACACAAAACUACUCAUAGAAUGGAGCCAGUGUACAAGUCCGAAACCUUUGUCGAUGAUGAUUAUCUCAAAUUCGUUUCACGCUCCGGUGACUACAACUACCUCGACCCAAAUUUCUUCCCACCUAAAACAUGACACGUACGACGGAUAUCGAAAUCUCAUAUUCGUAAUAAGCAAAGGUGUUAGAUGCAAUUGUCAUUUCUGUUUGCUACAUAUGAAUCGUAGCGAGUGGUAAAUGUUCAACGUGGUUUUGAAGUUUUUCUAUUUCUAUUAACUAGGUCAUUAUCCAGAUUUUGUCAAGUAAGAAGCAGUUUGUUCGAUAUUUUUUCCCCUUUUUUUGAUUAUUAUGUUCAACCUGAUAUUGCAACAUUUGAAAAAUGUCGUCCCGCAUGUUCAAUACAUCAAUUGUGAACAGGAUGUAAGACAAAUAAGGUUUCAAAAAUGGCGUUUUAUAUCAUUUAGAUAAAAUCGAUAAGCACUCCAUUACAGAAUUUCACCCACUUCCUAAAAAUUAUGGUCAAUUUGAAAUUAUGUGAAUAAAAGUCUUGCAUGGGAUAUUCUGAUGCAAAUUAUGUCGAUUAUGAUGUUCAAAACAAGAAAUAAAUAGGAUUCAUCUUCACCAUUUUAAAAUCAUUGCAAUAUUUUUAUCAUUCAAAUUGGAGGAAGGACGGAUUGGAUCAAUUAUAUUUGAUGAACAUCACUAAUCUCAGUAGUCCGCAACCUCUAGUCUCGCUUGGAAAAAAAUAAUAUAAAUUUCAUUUAGUUAUAGUGUAGUGUAGAAAUGUUGUUGAGAAAUGAUAAGUUUACUGUAUUUCCGCCAAUUUCAUUUCCGGUGGUUUAUUUCUCAAAUAAGUAGACUAAACGCCACUAUGAUGCGCAAAGCACUGCUUUUGUAUAACCAUCACGAUGAAGUUGGGAAAAGUGUUCACUCAAUUCAAGAGUCUGUGCUAUUAAAAAAAGGACUACUUACUCUUGGUGGACAAAAAUUUCUUUUCAGACUCCAGUUUAAAGGAAAUUUUGACACCCGAACUUUUUGAAAACCAAAUUUUGAUCACAAAAACUUUGAGGUAUGCAAUCCUCCUUUGUUGUAUGUUAAGAAUGACUAGUUACCCUAUUUCUAAUGUUUUAAUUUAUCAGAGCCUCUCAAGGCUGAGAUAUUUCAAUUUCGCAACUCAAAUUCCUUUGAUUCUUUUGAUUGAUUGAUAGAUAAAUUUUCACACUUUAACCAUUUACUAAAUACCCAUUCUAGUUUUCAUCUGCCUUUAUUUCUCUUGCCAAUAUCAACUUCAGAACAUUAUACACGUUUGAAUCGAGUUCUACUAGAUUCUUUUUCAAGUUUCAUUCAUCAUAUUCUGCACUAUGUUGAAACGUUUGUACUCAACAUUCAUUCUUUUAUGUUCUUCCAUUGUUAUUACUUGGGCCAAAUCAUCACUGCCAUACAUCACUUUUUUUCGACAACAAAUUUCAUUCACGAUCAUGUUCGUCAAACUAUUUUUUUUUUUCGAUUUUUCUUUUUUAUUAUUUUUGAUAUGCUUAUUCAGAAAAAUCGUAAAGUGAAAAAAUAAUAAUUAUUUUCUUUGAAACCUAUAUUAUCUCAUGGUACUCUACCUAAAUAAUCAAUAGAUAAAAUCUCGAUCAACAGCUCAAACUUCAACAAAUUUUCACAAAUUGUUUAAUAUCUGCAUAGUGGGCUACUUGAUGUGGAAAAAGACAAUUUUGUUGUUGUUUGUAUUGUCAGGCACAUUAUUUGUAUGUCACCACUAUGCCUAUGAAUAAAAACAUUCUGAAAAACUUCUA